CAGUUCGUUUCGACAUACAUUGUGAAAAUUUAUUGGGUUGUUUUUAUUGUUUUUCAAAAUGCAGAACCCCAUUUGCGAGCCGUUCACCAGUUGGCCAAUGAAGUUCGACAUUAACCAGCUGGUGAAGGAGUUCCAACCGGAGGAGAAGGGAGGCGUGGUGGACGAGGACAAGUCGCCAAGGGAUUUUGUCAAUCUCCCCGACAAUAAUUGGGUGGUUCUGCCCAGUUUCAAGUACCAUUUCGAGCAUCUGACUCCUUAUCUCUCGACUCGCCUGAACAAAUAUAUGCGAUGUCGCUUUCGCAGAUUUCUGGACAAUGUUCCGAGCAACUACGUCACCAUCUCUUUAUAUGGCUCCAAUGUUAGCAACAUGCCCAAGCCAAGGCGAAAGAGUCUGAAUGGUCAAUUCUACGGAGUGGAUAACAAACUGGCUCCAGUUCCUGCCGUUGCCGAUCCCCGAUCUCCACAACAUCGAAAAUAAGAUAAAAAAUCUAUUUUUGGAACAAGUCUUCAGAAAUAAUACUUUAAAUUAAUUUAAUUUAAAUUACUAGUAAAUUAAAAAAAAUAAUAUA